AUGAACGAACUGGUGGUCUUCGACUCGAACCACCAGAAGCCCAUCAACGACUGCGAGCUGGACUACUACAGCAAGAAAUUGGCGACCUGCUCCAGCGACAAUACGGUCAAAAUUUUCGAUGUGAGCCUUUCAAAGGAGCCCGUGUGCGUAGCUGAGAUGCGGGACCACAGCUCAGCUGUGUGGAAGGUAUGUUGGUCACACCCCAAGUAUGGCAGUCUCCUAGCUAGCUGCUCCUACGACAAAAGUGUAAUCAUAUAUAAGGAAGUACAAAUGAAUAAAUAUGAAAUCAUUUAUGUGAACAAUGAACACAACAGUAGCGUCAACUAUAUAGAGUGGUCUCCACAUGAGUAUGGGCUGCACCUGGGUUGUGCCUGCUCCGAUGGGCAUAUUAGUAUCAUAUCGUACGAUUUAGCGAAAGGAUCAAAUGGGGAAGGGCAGUGGAACAAGUAUAGCGUGAAAGCGCACCUGAAUGGAACGGCCUGCAUAAACUGGGAGAAGACGAAUAAGAAUAAACAUAUGAAUGAAGGGAGCAAUGGAGCACCUGGAGUAGGAACAGCAGCACCAUCGGCAGGAAGCGGAGGGGGAGAUCAUCCAAAUGCAUUCCAACUAGCGUCAGGAGGCUUUGACAAUCAAGUGAUCAUAUGGAUUUUUGAUAACAGCACGAAAGAAUUUCACAAGGUUUAUCAAAUGAAGGACAAUCCACAUAACUCUGCAAUUAAAGACAUCGCAUGGAGACCUAACCUGAACAAUUGCACAAACAUAAUCGCCUCCUGCUCAGAUGAAAACGAUGUAAUCCUGUGGAUAGAAGACAUAAGUAACAACCAGUGGAGGAACGGACAAGUCAUUAAGGUAAAGGACAGAAUUAGUAAAUUGUGCUGGUCACCAAAUGGGACCAUCCUAGCCAUUGCAUGUACAAAUGAAAAUGCCUACCUGUACAGAGAAGGGUUAGACGGCGUGUGGGAAGAGGUAUGCAAUUUGGCGGACAAUGAGAAGCUGCAUGCACAGAUGGAGGCACAAGAAAAUAUUACCGAUCAAGUAGGGGGGACUAGUCUCGGCGGAGCAGUUAUGGCAGCCACACCCCCCAUGGGGAAUGUACCAACAAACCAGGUGGACCCUUACACCGGAUCGUACAGUAAGAACCCUGGUAGUCAAAACGAACCACCUAAUGCCUUAAACUCUGUCACGGGUCAGACAAACUAUGGUAAUAAACUCUUCCCCAAUAGUAUCGGGAUCAACCCUGCCGGAGCUCCAAACAGCAGCGUAAGCACCCCAGGGAUGGUUGCAGCUGGACUAAACGCUCCACAAACGAGUAAUAGUAACAAUCCGUAUGGUCAGACGGUCACUCCUCCCAUGACUCCAGGGAUGAUGCCACCUCCCUUAAAGAAUAACACAACCAUGAGUCAACAAAAUGUGACUCCAAAUUAUUUAAUUCCUCCACAUAAGAAAACCAGCGCUUCAAAUGUCACAUCCAAUGUUGCAACUUACCCUAUGGGUGGUCCUCCUGUGGGUGCCGCAGGACUUCCGCCUCCUCCUCCACCCCCUCCCGUUGCACAAGAUCAGGGCAAUCCCCCCUCUGGUGGACUGAAUUAUUCCUCUCCACAAAUUCCCACACAGCAAGGAGGCGUCUCUCCGCCACAGUUUGGUGCAAUUCCCCCCCCUGGAAGUAUACCCCCUCCUGCCAGUAUAGCAGCUGUGGUACCCAUGGGUAAUAAGCCGAGCAUCCCCGGACCGCCUCCCCCACCUGGCGGACCACCACAGCAGGCGCAGCAGCCGCAGCCGUACCAGCCGCAUCAGCAACAACCACUUCAACCGCCAUUUCCCGGCGGCAGCCCCGGCACCAUGAAUUUUGCCAAGCCCAGCAGCCCAAUGCCGCCCGCCCAAUUUCAAGGUGGAAAUGCGAACAAGACAAAUUUCAGCGCACAACCGAUUUCGCCUCCUCCUCCACCCCCUCCCCCAUUUGGGUCGACGCCUCCCCAACAAGGACAUCCUGUCGCCAAAGGAAUGAACAAAACAAACACAUUCUCAAAUUUUAACCCAAAUGUGAUGACUCCACCGAACGCCCCCCCACCAAUGGGCACGACUCCCCCAGGCCCGCCCCAAAAAAAUGUGGGCCCCCCAGGAAGUAGCUACCCCCCGAUGAAUUACUCCUAUCCCCCCCCACCUCCUUCCAACAUGAUGGGCGGUGACCCCGGUGCCAACCCAGCCCCAAAUGCACAGUACGGCGCGUACCCGAGUUAUAACCCGCCCCCCCAGUGA